AUGUCUGUCUCUGUUGCGCAAGACUACGUCGAUGAGGGCGUCAGUUUUGAUUCCUUUGAUUUAGACGCGCGUCUAAUUCAGGCCAUCAACAAGCUUGGGUUUGAGCACCCGACGCUGAUCCAAACACAGACCAUCAAACUGUCUCUCGAGGAACGCAAGGAUAUCAUAGCCAGGGCAUCUACGGGCUCUGGAAAAACGGCAGCAUACUGCAUACCGAUUGUGCAGUCCAUUUUGGCGUCUGGCAGCGACUCAGAAGGCGUGAAGGCGCUAGUUUUGGUCCCGACCAAGGAAUUGAGCAAGCAGGUGGCUGAGUUUCUGGGCCAAUUGACGGUGUUUUGCGGCAGGUAUGCACGCGUGCUGAAUCUGAACGACAACGUGAGUGACCAGGUGCAGUUACAGCUGCUCACCGAGGGCAGAGAAAUAUAUGUGAGCACUCCUGCGAAAUUAAUAUCAGUUUUGGAGAAAAAUAAGAGCGUACAGCUGACGAAUUUGCGGUUUUUGGUGAUAGACGAGGUUGAUCUGAUAGUCAGCUAUGGGUACAAGGACGAUCUGGAUAAACUGGGAGAGUAUCUAAGCAUGAAGACAAACACACAGACUUUUCUUAUGAGUGCCACGCUGAACGAGGAGGUGACGGAGCUGAAGACGAAGUUCUGCAACAAACCUGCUGUUCUGAAGCUUGAGGACGUUGACAGCGACAAGAAGAAGCUUGUCCAGUACUACAUCAAAACCAGCGAGCUCGACAAGUUCCUGCUGAUCUACGUGAUUUUGAAGCUGGGCCUAAUCAAAGGAAAAAUCCUGCUCUUUGUGAACGAGCUGGACCGGGGAUACAAGCUCAAGCUUUUUCUGCAAAACUUUGGCAUCAAAUCGUGUCUGCUCAACUCUGAGCUUCCCGUGAACUCGCGGCUGCACAUUGUGGAGGAGUUCAACAAAAACGUCUACAAUUUACUAAUUGCCACGGACGAGUCCAACCAGGAGGGCCAAUCAAACGACUUUGGUGUGUCGCGUGGUGUGGAUUUCAGGAACGUGGCGUGUGUGCUGAACUUCGACCUGCCUGUCUCGUCCAAGACGUAUGUGCACAGAAUUGGACGGACGGCCAGAGGCGGCAAGAGCGGCAUGGCUCUGUCGUUUGUGGUGGCAGCCAAGGAAUGGGGAAAACACAAGGCCUCGAGUCUGGCCAGUGCGAAGAAGGACGAGAAGGUCUUGGCCAGAAUCGAGCGGUCGCAGAGCAAGCUCGGGUACGAGCUCAAGCCGUACCAAUUUAAUAUGAAACAGGUGGAGGCGUUCCGGUACCGGAUGGAGGACUCGUUCCGGUCUGUGACCCGUGCGGCGGUGCGAGACGCGCGACUCCGUGAGAUCAAACAGGAGCUGAUGGCCUCUGAGAAGCUGAAACGCCACUUUGAGGAGAACCCGCAGGACCUGGUCACUUUGCGCCACGACAAAGACCUGGCCAGCGUGCGUGCGGACGCGCAUCUGAAAAGAGUGCCUUCGUACCUGCUUCCAGAGGGCGCCCGGCCCGAGGAGAAGAAGGUUGGGUUUGUGCCCUUCAACAAGGUGAGGAAGGGCCGCGGCAAGAAGAGAGGCAAGAAGGUGGAUGUGUUGAAGGGGGUCGGGAAGAGAAGAAAAACGUAG